AUGCAUUUCCCACCAGCUAUUGUGCUCAUCAGCUCUGCCACUGCGGCACUUGCUGCAACGACAAUGCAGAGCAUAUCGUUCAUGGCGGGCGGCAUCGAGAAGCGUGACGUCUGUGUUCCAGUUCCGGAACCUGUAACGUGUGCGAGGUCUUGCGGUGCUGGAAGCGAACAAUGUGUUUACCCUUCACUCUGCUAUAACCCCACCAAGGGACAGAAAUGCUGCUCAAACGGAGAAUACUGUGAUCCGGGUUACUACUGUACAGACAGAGGUUGCUGUCCGGACGGUGCUCCCCUUGACCAAUGCGGCGCCACUAUCACAUUGAGCGUCAUUCCUCCUACUGGUCCGGAAGCAACUAGUGCCGCCAUCAGCGAGACCACGAGUGCUACCAGCGAAUAUAUCAGCUCUGCCACGACCGAGUAUUCGACUUCGACGACUGAACAUACAAGCCUGACCACCUACACAGAGGUCGAGAGCUCUGCAACAACAAGCUCGACAGAGUACACAAUCUAUCCCAUCUCUACCGAGUCCGCAACAACAACAGCCGAAAUAGCCUACCCACCUGUCACAUCCUCCAACGCGACUGUCACAUCUAACAUAACCGCCACAUAUUCUCCUCCUGCUCAGUAUACUGGCGGUGCGGGCAGAGUCCUGGAUACUGGGAUUGCUUACUUCAGCCUUGGUGGCCUUGGGGCGCUGCUCAUGUUCUGGUGA